CUGUCCAGGUGUGUAAUGAGUGAAGAAGGCCACGCCCCCAAAGCACCCCCCCCCCUCCUCCUCCUCCCCCGUCUCUCUCCUUAUGGGCUACAUAAGGCGCGUGCAGGCGCUCGUGAGCAUCACUCCUCGUGCGCUCUCUCCAGCUCCCCAGUGACGUUAGAAGCGGCAGAAGAAGAGAAGAUGAGCAGCGCGUCCAUGAUGAGUUUCUCUGCGGGUUCCCGCGGCGGGAGCGGCGGCUUCUCCUCGUCCUCUCUGUCCCUGGGCGGGGGCGGCAUGUACGGCAUGCGCAUCUCCGGGGCGCGCGCUCCCAGCGUGUACGGCGGCGCGGAUGGCCGGAGCGUGCGCGUGUCCACCUACCAGGUGUCGUCCGCCGUCGCCGGUGGUCUCGGUGGUGUCGGUGGUGUCGGUGGCGGCUUCCAGGACGGGAUGGGGGUGAGCGAGAAGCUGACCAUGCAGAACCUCAACGACCGGCUGGCGGCCUACCUGGAGAAGGUGCGCGCGCUCGAGAAGGCCAACGCGGCGCUCGAGCUCAAGAUCCGCGAGUGGUACGACAGGAGCAAGCCCGAGGCGCGCGACUACAGUCACUACAUGGCCACCAUCCAGGACCUGCGCACCAAGAUCAACUUGGCCACCAUGGACAACGCCAGGAUCAUUCUGCAGAUCGACAAUGCCAAGCUGGCUGCCGAGGACUUCAGACUCAAGUAUGAGAACGAGCUGGCGCUGCGCCAGUCUGUGGAGGCUGACAUCGCCGGGCUGCGCCGCGUCCUUGACGAGCUCACCAUGACCCGCUCGGACCUGGAGAUGCAGAUCGAAGGCCUCAAGGAGGAGCUGGUCUACCUGAAGAAGAACCACGAGGAGGAACUGGCGGCUCGGCGCGCUCAGAUGUCCAGCAGCAGCGUGAACGUGGAGGUGGACGCGGCUCCUCAGGCGGACCUGACUCAGACCAUCAACGAGAUCCGCGCGCAGUACGAGGCCAUCAACGAGAAGAACCGCCGCGAAGUGGAGUCCUGGUACAAGGGCAAGUUCGAUGACCUGAGCAAGGAGGUGAAGACGAGCACGGAGAGCAUCCAGACGCACCGCAGUGAGAUCACCGAUCUUCAGAGGACGCUGCAGUCACUGCAAAUUGAGCUGCAGUCUCAGCUUAGCCUGAAAUCGGCUCUGGAGGGAACGCUGCAUGACACGGAGAACCGCUACAGUCUCCAGCUCAGCCAGCUGCAGACCAUCAUCAACAGGCUGGAGGUGGAGCUUACGCAGAUGCGCUCGGACAUCGAGAGGCAGGCAGCCGAUUACGACGCUCUGCUUAACAUCAAAACCAGGCUCGAGAUGGAGAUCGCUGAGUACAGACGGCUGCUGGACGGAGAGGACUCCAGCAAAAAAUCCACUGUGAUCAAGGUGGUUGAGGAAACAAAGAAACAAGAACAGAGAAAACCCGAGGUGACCAAGCGUAUACGCACCGUAAUCGAGGAAGUGGUUGAUGGCAAGGUGGUGUCUCGCACCGAGGACGUGGACGUCGCGGUCGUGAAUAAAUAGAGUCACACACGCACACACACUCACACAGAGGUGUCCCAGCUCAAUGCCAUGACCAAGUAGCAUGCCGAGAAUAAUGUCUCCAGAUAAUUAUUAUAGUAUAUAAUCUGUAAGUAAUGCUCAGAGGUGCGAGAGGGAAACACGUCUGUAUGGAUCAUAUGAAAAACAUCAACAUCUGCAUCAACAUCUGUAACUUCAAUAAAGAAUAACACUUCUGUCA